GUGACCGGUGUUUACCGAGUAUCGUCGGCGCGCCCAAUAAAAGCCCAAUCACAACACCACCACCUCCACCACCAAACAGCAACAACAACAGGAGUCUUCUUUCUCUCUCUGUCUGUCUCAUUACUUUCUCUUUCUCUCUCCUCUGUCUCCCUUAAAAAAAGGCGCUUCCUGUUCGUUCGUCUGUCGACUCUCUCUUUCUCCUCUCUCUAGCUCUACCCGUCAUCACUUUUCUCUCUCCUCCCCUUAUCUCCUUCUCUCUCUUCGAAGGUUUUGUUGAUUUCACCGCCGAAAAGCUCUUGACGCCAUUGAAACUCUUUCGCCUUCUUCUUUGCUCUGCUAUAGCUUGAUCGGAGAUUCCCAGGUCUUACCACAAAAGUCCUUUGGUCGCUUGUACACUUCUCUCACUCUCAUGCAAACCCAAUCUCUCUUGAAAGCUUGUUAUGAGAACAAAGUAGAAGCCCUGCUUGUCUAUGAAGUUACUAAAAUCAUGGAGAUGGAUUUUGAAGAAAAAGAAUGUUUUGUUUGAUGUGGGAAAAUGCGGAUUCAAGAUGAAGCAGCUGCCGUUCAUGGGAAUUGUGUGUACAGUAAUGCUUUUCAUUGUUUAUAGAACCACUAAUUAUCAACAUAGACAGACGGAGAUGGAAACAAAAAUUCAUCCCUUUGGCACAGAAUUUCUUCUGGCUUCAAGAGAGUUGAAUGGUUUACCUCGUGGUAUAAUACACACCAAGUCAGAUUUAGAGUUAAGACCUCUGUGGUCGACAAGUAGUUCACGGUCAAAGGUCAACGUCUAUAGCCACCGUAACUUGCUGGCCAUCCCAGUUGGCAUUGAGCAAAAGGAUAAUGUUGACGCUAUUGUGCAAAAGUUUCUUCCAGAGAAUUUUACAAUUAUUCUAUUUCAUUAUGAUGGCAAUGUGGAUGGGUGGUGGGAUCUUGAUUGGAGUAAUGAGGCCAUACAUAUAGUUGCACAAAACCAAACAAAGUGGUGGUUUGCAAAACGAUUUUUACAUCCUGAUGUUGUCUCUAUUUACGAUUAUGUAUUCCUCUGGGAUGAGGAUUUGGGGGUUAAGAACUUUAACCCAGGAAGAUACCUUAAAAUUGUAAAAACGGAAGGACUGGAGAUAUCUCAGCCAGCGUUAGAUCCUAAUUCAACAGAUAUACACCAUCGAAUUACCAUUCGUGCUAGAACAAAAAGGUUUCACAGAAGGGUUUAUGACCUUAGAGGCAGUACUAAGUGUUCGGAUGCAAGUGAGGGGCCACCAUGCACCGGAUUUGUGGAAGGUAUGGCCCCAGUAUUUUCAAGAGCUGCUUGGCGCUGCACUUGGCAUCUUAUACAGAACGACCUUGUUCACGGAUGGGGAAUGGACAUGAAACUUGGCUAUUGUGCACAGGGUGAUCGGACGAAGAAGGUAGGUGUCAUUGAUAGUGAGUACAUUGUUCACAAGGGCAUACAAAGUUUAGGAGGCGCGAGCUCGUCUGCAAGAAAGGCCUCGAAUUCCGAGGAGUUAACUAAGAGACAUGGUGCUGCAGCUGACGUGCGAACGGAGAUUAGGAGGCAAUCAACGUGGGAGCUUCAAGUCUUCAAGGAGCGCUGGAAUCGUGCAGUGGAAGAGGACAAGAACUGGGUAGAUCCAUUUCCGUUUAAAAGUAUAAGAAGAGUCGGAAAACGAAAACACCAUCACCAGUAAAGCUUAUAUCUUCGAUCCGCUUACUUCCAUAUCAUUCCCAGCAAGCUCCUCUAGUCUCCACUCCCAGUUUCCCCCUCACCAUUUGUUGAA